AUGCGCAGAUAAAAAGAGGACUGGGUAGAAGUUCGCGCUGAAUGCUGCACAGUUUUGCGACAUUUCGGUCCAAAAACGCAAAGAAAUCACUGCCUUCUCUUUUUAUUUUCACUUCAGAUAUUUUCACUAUCAUCGCGGUCUUUCAGGACGAGCGUCGCAUUCCCUAUCAAGGCUGUGGCCUAAAUUUGUCCCCCUGCGCUUUCUUGUAGCUCCCCUGUGCUACUGUUUCUUUAUUGAUGCUUGAUGCCUCUUCUUUCGCACAGAAUUCGUUAUAUUUCGUUAUAUUGUCCAUUAUUCAAGUGAAACUGAUUGUAAGCAAACGCGAUUGUUGAAACGAACGAAACCAGCCCAAGAAAACAAAAACGAUGCGAUGAUUGAAUUUUGACGCUCUUUAGCCAACUGCGUGUACGCAGAGCCAACAAUGUUGGCAGAGGUGGUCAAACGAUCCAACAUUUCACUUAACACUUCAAAACAAUAGAAUUAUUGGACGUGGGCAGGAAACAUUUUUGACCUCAGUCAAAUUUCGUCCAACAUCGAAAUUUACGAUGUUGAGUGACCCAACAAGGCGGUCAAACGAUCCAACAUUAGGCCCAACACCAUGUUGGGCGAAAUGUUAGGUGAAAUGUUGGAUCGUUUGACCAAGGCUCAAAAUAUGCUUUAGGGAAAGCUUUUUCUAUUGAAAAUUGGACCGUUUAUUGGAGAAUAAGACUACUUUACCUCUAGUUUGAGCUUGGAAAGCACAAUCGUUCGGGAGCCAAAGGGCCAGGGCUGCACCUUCAAUUUCAAAAUGGGGGCAUCAAAGAAAACACUCCCUUGGCGACCCCUAAAAGUUUCAUAAAACCAGAACUUAGGAUUUUUAGGUGUACUUGAAACAGUACUUGAAAUCAUUAUAGCCCUUUGACGCUCUCUCAGCCGUCCGUGCCUUCGAAAUUGACAAAGCUGCACAGGAGCAAAUUCAAAUUACGCCGCCAUCACAUAAGUUCAAGAUGGCUCAAGUUCACUUUCAAUUGACUUGCUGACAUGAAUUAUGGGAAGUUUGCCGGUCAAACCAUUUGGUGUGCAGCUUGAACUGUGUUGAUAUCCUGUUGAUAAUCACGUCACCAUACUAGAGAAUAGCAAUGGCUGCCUUCGUCCCUAAAGGGGGGGAUAUUCAAAAGCUGAAAAGCAAAGGCUCGGCUUCUGAGUUUUAUGAAGACAUGGCCGAGCUGCUUAAUAAUGAAAAGUACAGUGACGUCAAAUUUUUGGUUGGAGAGGAAGGUACUGUAAUGUAUGGUCACAAGUGUAUUUUAGCCACCAGGUGCAAAUCCUUUGCUGAGACAUUUGAGGAGUUCCCAGCUGCGGAAUCAUUUGUAAUCGACUAUAUUCAGGCAAAUCAUUUCCAUGCUGUCUUGGAGUUCAUCUACACCAACUGUUGCAGUCAGUUAAACAAAGAAAAUGUGUUUGACAUUUUGACUGCUGCUAACGAGAAGGGACUCGAUAAGCUCGUCAAGGUCUGCGAGGAAUUUUUGCUACGGAACGCCAGCAUUGAAACAGUGUGUGAAUACUUUGAUGUUGCAGUCACAUUCGAACUGUCAAGUUUAAGUGACAAGUUAAUGGUGUACUUUGAUGAGCACACAGUUGAUAUUUUCAAUUCUGUCUCACUCAGAGAAAUGUCUGCAGCAGCCCUAGAAUUUGUUUUGAAAAGCAACAAUCUACGUAUCGACGAGUUUGAUAUUUAUGAAGCUGUGCGGGGAUGGGCAACUGUCAAUUCACUUGUUUUGGAACAACCUGUGAAUACGGUAGCAAAAGACGUGGUCAAGCAAAUUCGUUUGGGCCUAAUGACUUCAGAAGAGGUGUCUCAGAUUGAGAAGCAAAAUGAGGACCAUUUGAUACCAGUUGAGCAGAUAUCGCAAGCCUGGAAGCACUUGGCUCUUCAAACCCCAGCUGGCAGCAGCAUUGAUACAACGCUUAGAAAAGGAACGAAAGGACGAUAUAAUUCAAAGAAAUGAUCUGGCAUCAUUGGUAUGAUAUAGACGAAACAGAAGGAAGAAAUUGAAUUUGAGACCAUUGCAUAGCAUACGGAGAAGUCAUAUUGCAGGAGAUUUCGUGUCGUGCAUUAUAACACCAAGCAGAAAUUUGGCAUUAUAGAAAUAACAGCAACUAUAAUGCCAAAGCAAUACUGAAAAUAACUGCAGCUUUGACAUCAAGAUGAUUGUUAGAAAUAGUACCAAAAUUCGUUUGCAACUUUUUUGCGGUUGCAUCUCGUGGUGUCAUCCGAUCGAGGUUGUUACAGGCGGUAACAUCAUGAACGUUUUUUACGAGGCCGAUAAUUUGGGGUUAAGAAUGACGGUAUUUUUAAAACAUGUCCAACCAUUAAUUCAAUUAUAUGCUUAAUUUCUUAUGGAAUUUUUACGCUUCACUGUUCAAUUUUUGUAUGUCGUUAUUUAAAUUUUAUUUUCUUGUAUGGAAAAGCUAUUUCAAGGCAGGAAAAGCUAUUUCUAGCUUGUAAAUCUUCCAGUUGACAUUUCUAUAAUGUUUUAGGAGCUGAUCAUAGAGAAAUGUUCAUGAUAAUAUAAUUACUAAAAUACCGACUAUAUAUGAACUCCAUACAUAUAAAAAACUGAACGCAGUACCAAAACUUGUGUGUACGAGAUUUCAUGGGCGGAUUACAUACGGGAUUUAGUGUACAUAUGGGAUACUAAUUAUGUGAACAUUACAAUUUCAUCUUAAAUAUUUCGCCUUUAUUAAAUUAUACUGAGGAUUACUCUAGCUAGAGAAGAAACAUUUAUUUGACUGGAUUUAUCAUUAUGUUUUCUUACUGGAUUGUCUGUUGCACUGAUUUUGUCAAAUAUGUCAAUUUAUCAUUGAUUUUAUCGAUGGAUUCAAGUUAAAGAACCACGAUGUCUUUUUUGUCGUCGUAGUGGUAAUAAUUUUUAUCAUCAGGUUGUUUUCCCAAAGUCUGAAUCGUAAGUAUUUUUUUGAACCUCUUUUUGACUCUCUGUUUAUUAGGACCUUUGAGACCUCAGCUCAUUGUUAAAAGAACUUGUGUCAAAAGCAGUUGUAUGAUUCUUGAAGAAAUUGUGUUUCAACAUUCCAAGUGAUGUGAGUAUUUUUGUUGAUAGUAGAUUGAAUGAUACAGAGUUUUACCAGGAAUUACUGUUAUUAUUUUCAUCAUCUCACACUGACGGAUUUUCAUGACUUGAACAUUAAAGAUGUAUUGCAUUUGAUAUUUGUAUAUAAUGUAUUAGAUUAGACAUUUGUAUCUCUAAGAUUAGAAAUGUGUAAUGUGUUAGUCGCUAUGUUAUCAUGCUGGUACACAACUGUAUUUCGACAGCUAUUUGGUAAGUAGUUUUUCUUAAGAUACAGUGAUAUGAUAUCCAUGAUCUGUUUCUUGUCAUGCUAUCAAUAUGAUUUGAUCAUGAAUACCAAUAUUGUAGAGCUUAUUCCUGUCAUUGUGGGUACAUAUAACUCAGUAACUCUGCAGAUUUUUUGUGCCACUGAAACUGGAAAUUUCCUACUAAGAAUUGUUAAACCUUAGAUAAAUUCUAUAUUAUGUUCAAUUUGUUACCGUUACUUUCCAUGAUAUUUUAACAUCGUGAUUAGGCUGUGAGUCAACAUUUUAAAAUUGAAUAUUGAUAACAUAAUAUUUUUGUUAUUUGGCCUCCUACGAGGCUAAAUUUCUGAAAUAUUUUGAUUGGCCUCAACUGUCCAAAUCGUAGGUCUGUUCCUGAGAUUUGAUUAUCUAGAAUCUAUAGGAAUAGAGAACAGUUGAUUUUUCCUUGCAACUUUUAUGCCUACGCGUUUACUCCAUUGUUAUCAUCUUCAUGGUUAUGAAAUCUAUUAUUAAGAACAAUACAUUUUAUGUUUUGAAACAAUUUAUAUUAUUGAUAUUGAAGAAUUUGGCUACAGAAAGCUUUGAUUUGGCCUCUUGACGUCUUCAGUCUGGCCUCCGCUGACCGGGACAACACCACUCACUGGUCAGUGGACAAGAUGGACAAGAACACCUCAUUCAAUGAUAUAGAAGCGCCGAAGGCGCUAGAUGUCUAACUUACAGGUCCGCUGUGAGGCAGAUUUGUUUUCUUCCGCCAUUUUGAAUAGUGGCAAAAAGGAACUUGCUCCAUACCGAGCCCUUAUAAGUUUGGUAAAAGUAAGGAUUGAUUUCGUUCACUUCUCUUUCGAAUAUCGAUGUGAAAUUUGGUGAGUGGCCUUAUAUUGCACUUAAAUUUAUGAAUUGAUGUUAAUAUUGGAGAAAUAAGCCGUUGUUCGCAAAUUCCAAGCAUUUACAGUCGCAGUGCUUGCUGUGGUGUUUUCUGUCUCGUCGAAAUUCCAGAAAAUAAUGAUUUAUCUGUUUUAAAACGGAUCCAGCCAAACUCUAGAAAAAGCCGAAAAUAGGUCAUAAUUCAGUGCUUGGAUAUUAAUAACAGAAUCUAAAUAUGGUAACCAAUUUUUGAUUUUAUAUAAUCAUUGAAAUUUUUAAACUAUUUCAAAGCCACACUCAGGGGCGGUCUGGCGUCAAAAUCGCAGGGUGGCUAGAAAAGUCAAGCGUGGUUUAGGGCGUGGCGGGAAAAACUGAGCCACACCCCCUAAAAAUGUGGCUUAGAAUUCGAUUGAUUCAAUAAAAAUUGAUAAUUAAGCAAUACGCUAAUAAAGCCGAGUCAGCCCAGAUCAACCUUGGCUAGGUAACUUUGUGUUCGCACUACCGAAAAUAUUACUUGGUUCACUCUACCCCCUACCCAGGCUGAAAAUUUGUCAAAAAAAAUUUGCAGAUCUAAUGUUGCGAAAUUAUUUUUUGAUAAGUUGCGAACAUCAAAACAACUCUGAAAGUUACCUUCUUAAGCCUGCCUCGUUUGGGAUUUCUCCAGCUCCGAAUUCCCAGAAAAAUCCUUUAUUUAUGCUUCUUUUAAUGCAAAUUUUCGUCCAUAAUUUUUAUUAAUAUUUUAUCAAAGUAAUCAAGAAAAUCAACAAAACUGAUUUCUCUACGACGUUCGUUGCUUCAGUGUUUAGUCUAUAGAAACUAACAACUCUUACAAAUCUCAGCGCGUUUCAAAGAUAUGGUGAUUUUUUACUGCAGUGGCGGCUCGUGACUUUCACAGUUGGGAGGGCAGACCAUCAAUAUUGCGAUAAUCGAUAGAAAGGUAGAGUUUGCAAAUUUUCACUGUAUUCAUGGCUCGAUGUUGAUCGUCAUGGUGCGCAGAAGAAAAAGCAUAUAUAGAUGUGGUUGUUGUUUAGCGAUGAUGUCAUUUUAUGGGCAAAAUUUUUUCUUGCCCCGAAUUCAUCCAAAUAAGCCAAUCACAGGCCGCGUUUCGCGAUGCUCGAGGUCGAAAAUUAGCUUGUGCGCAUGUCGGCUAGGGGCAAAAGAACUUUGCCCGUUGAAUGACAUCAUCGCUCAAGGCACUAGCGGGCCAGAAGCGAGGCUAAGGACGAGACGGGAUAGCAAAGAGCUUUUUCUAGAAGAGAUACAAACUUAUAUAAUUAAACACAGUAAGACUAUCUUCAAAAUUAAAUAUGAAUAUCAUAAAUUUCCUUUGAAUCUUUUUGAGGGGGCAUUGCCCCAGAUGCCCAUUAGCAAGAGCCGCCACUGUUUUUUAGGCAGCUACUGCGAUCGGAGAAAAAUAACUCAUAGGGCUGACUUACAGCUAAAAUUUAACUGUACCCAAGAGAGGAAAAGGUUGAAUGGUGUAACCUGUUGUUUAGAAUGCAUUGAGCAUGUCGUGUCUACGCAAAAUUGAACUGAUAGAAUGACUGAUAAUACAUUUAGAAAGUUACAAUAUGAGUGCCAGGAAUAAAUAAUGUUCAAAAUACCUCGGAAAAGUGGAACAAAAUUCACUUGCACUCUUCGUCCGACGCUUAACAAUGAAAGCAAGUGAAAUUAUUUCCAAUCGAAAGCCCGGUUUACACUACAAAAAGCUACCCGGGUUCAACCUGUGUUGAGUUCACUCAAGGUAAACUCUCUUCAAUUUGUAUUCUAAACGGAAAGUGGGUCUAAACUUGGUUUCCAAACGCAAUGGUGAGUCAGCCCGGAUUGAGUAAAAUAGCCAACUCUGAUUCUUUUUUGAAUAAUUUUGAAAGGUUUUCUGCCGUUUGUCUUUCUUUAACUUGCUGGGAUGCUACUUGCUGAUCAGCAAUUGCUGCAUCAAAAGCUCACUUAUCUUGCAAGGAGAACAUGUUUUCUGUGUGCUCAGGAUUAAUUCCACUUGCACUUUCUUCUCUUCUAUUUUUGGAAUUUUUGUUGGUGAAAAUAUUCUGGAAGCGAUCUCUCACUGCUUUGUAGGAUACACCAACUUUUGGCCUUUCUACCUGCCAAAAAUUAUCCAGUUUUUCUCCACCCAUCGCUUUUCGGCCUACCAGGACACUUCGAAAUUUCCCGGUACGCCCUUGCUUCGAGUUAUAUUUUUCAAAAAACUUGAAAACUUUCGAAAGGCAAUUAUUAAUAUUCGCAAAUAACUAUAAUUGAUUACAACCAUCAAUUGACCUCUUGAAAAAACGUUUGCAUCAAAAGUUUGCAGCAAAUUAGAUGAUAAUUUAGGGGGAAGGGGAUUUUUCCAAUGUUGCCUAUAUUUUGUUAUGUAAUUUGUGCAUGUUCCUUUCUUGAAUGAUAAUGCUCUUUCCAGGACCUAUUUUAGUGUUCAGUAUUACACACUUUGUUCAGUAUUCAUUUAAAAACGUACAGUAUUGAUUUCCAAAAUAUGGAGUAUUGAUUUUACGGAUUUUUGAAAAUGUCUUUUUUGCGGCUAUUCCAGAUUCCUGCUUUGUUCACAAAAUGUGAAUUUUCCUCGUCACUUCGAUAUAGAGUUCAUGUAUUGUAAUCUCGUUUAACCAUCGGAAAGACUCUCUUAUCAAUAUUAAAACAAAUCGAAAUUCCCAGAACCAAAAACAAAACAUCUCCUGUAAAUGUCAGCAUUGCUGUAAAUUUAGUAAUUUGAUCUUGUCGAAGACAAAACAUUCAGUAAUAAUUUAUCAGUUGCCCUAUGAUGCUCUGGGCAUCUAGCAGAAGCUCACUUAACUUAACUAAAAGAAAGAUAAAGAGCCUAAUAAAACUUUUUUGUUUUACUGUCCAGACAAAACAUGAGAUAGUGACUCCGUUUACAAGAAAUAAAUGACUAUGUUUCUAUUCAGGUUUUGUAGCUUCUGUUUGUUUUGUUGCUGUUUUGAAAUGUUAUUAUUGAUUGUGUAUAUUAUCGUCUAUCUGUUUGUGAUUUCUCCGUCAUGGCCUAUACACGUGUUGAAAAUUCGGGCAAUUUCCUGGGUACGCUUGCAUGGCUAAAAUACUUGGGGUUUGCAGCGGUUUGCACUGAUUGCAACAACAAAAUUUCCGAUAAAAAAUAUGAUUAUAAAUGUGCAGUAUUGUAAUUUUUUUAAAUAUGUGCAGUAAUGAACAUUUCUUAAAAUAGGCCCUGGCUCUUUGCUUGGACCAUCAAAUACUCCUUAAUAGUUAAGUUUGCUCUUGGAAUUAUAAAGGAUAAAAUUUUUUAAACGUCCUAUGACAGGCUAUUUAAUUUUGCAUUUCAAGUAAGAACUCAAAGGCAUCUUGAUUUUGUAUUUGUAGCGCUAAAACUCCUGCGUUUUGUACUAAAAAGAAAUUUUGUCCAACUUUAUUCAAAAGUCGUGUCUAGUGACAAAGGGGGCUUUCUAUCUCCUCACUAAUGACCAGCCGUAUCCCCCCCUUCCCUUGUUUGGAACAAGGCAGAAAAUCCGCUCCGUCGGCACUUCAAUUUUUGGAAAAAUUUUAAGCAAUGUCAGCACUUUCAUAACUUCCACUUCGUGAUUUUUUUAAAUUUUUUUUUCAUUGUUUGAUUUUUUUAAGAUUUUUUUCAUUUUUGGAACUGUAAUUACCACAGCGGAAAUGGUGUUAUAUUAGGUCUUUGUUGGUGGGUCACUCACUGUCGGCACUCUGAAAUUACAGCCCCCCCCCCCCGUGCAUUUCUUUUCUGGCACCAUCCCUGGGCACAAGUCCCCGUUUUGCUUGCAAUAUAAUUCUCCAUUCCGUCAUAUAUUGCAUGAGAUUUUAGGAAUGAAUUAUGACAUAAAUAUACUAAUUUGAUAACGGGCUAUGCUAGAAACGUCGUUUAUUAAUUCGUUAAUUUUUUCAAGUAUAAUUCCUAGUUUAAUUGAAUUAUGACAUAGUUUGCAGUAAACUGAUUCCCAGCUACACAAAUUUGAGACACACUUUGCUUAUCCGACAUCUGUCCUGGCCGUGUGCAAAUUUUUGAGCCAUUCGAUUAGUUCCUUGGGUACAAAAUAGUUUUUUCGUACCUGUAUGUAGAGGAGUUGUAAGUCCGUAGAAAACGGAAUUUUACUGAUCGCACAUGCAAGACUACACUCGUAAAGAACAGUGAAAACCGGGUCAAGUUACUUGAAGCUUUAAGAUGAAUAAGCCUGUUUGAAUAAACAUAGUCAUACAUUGGAUACAUGCGACCACAACCGCAAAACAAAGAUAAUCGGCACCCCGGGCCCAGUCAACCAGGUCAAGAGAUUUUCAGACCUUAACUAGUAGUUUUAAUAAAGAAAUCGAAAAAUGGUUUCGUCAAGAAAACGUUUACCGUAACCUCAA